AUGGCACCUAAAUCAUCAUCAACGGUCACGAGCUCCAAACCCGACGUGGAGAAUAGCCAGGGCCCAUCUACUAGAAUCACACGCAGCAGUUCCAAGCUGCCAAAGAACGUUCUCGGUCGGGGUGCCUCCGCAUUCCCAACUCCAGCAGACACUACCCGGCAAUCCACUGCCCAGCCGCGGUCCACACGCAGUAAAAAGCGUACUAUAUCUGAUUCUCAAGAAGAUGUUAAUCCGGGUGCCAUGGUCGACUUCGUGCCGGUCACGAAGAAGACUCGCACUGUUGAACCUCUGGCGCCCCCACGCAUGAAGAAGGCUGCCAUAGGAGUGAAAAGGAACAACACCAAGAUUGCCAACGCAGAAGAAUCAAAUCAAGAGACGACUCAAGAUCUGACCGCGAAAGCUGCUUCCGAAAACCACGGCAAAUCCCGCGCAACACCGUCGUUAUCAUCACUUAAACGCAAGGCGUCUGCUGACAUUCCCAUUCAGUCAAUCGAGGCAUCAGCAUCUGGCUCUGCUGCUACGAGGCGUUCGACUCGUUCCUCGAAGCGUGUCAAAACGGAAACUGUCGCUGCUACUAUUAUCACCACUGCUGCUACAGAUCCGCACAAGGCGAAGGCGAUUCUAAAGGCUGCUCCAAAGGCUAUCAAGAGCACGAGCAAGAGCAAGAGCAAGGCUAAGGUGGAAGAGGAGAUUGACUUUAACAUGGAGCACGUAGCUACACGCUUUCCACCGCAACCUGUCAUAAAUGUCACCCACGUUCGUACUCAAGCAUUCCAGACAAUGCUCGAAUACGAGUACCGCAAGAAUCGUGAUCAUUCUGGCCAUCGUAGCAAUGUCACUCUCAUGGAGGCUCUCGUGCGCAAAAGCAAGGCUGCUUUUGCUCCUGACGUCUAUUUGCCACCACCACCAGUGAGAGAGCCGCCUCGUCUGUUGCCGCCUGCGCCAGCACCAGAAGAGCUCAAAAAGUCGACUCUGAAACCAAUUUCUGGCGCGAUUACAACUCUAACCGCAGUUGAUCAAUCAAAUAUUCUUGAGAGCAGUCGUCGAACUCGCAAUCCUAAGCAGGUGGUGAACAAGCUCUCAUCUUCUACAACACAGCAUGCCGCUAAUUCAGUUGCCAACGAAGUAGUGGGUCCAUCCUCAGCCACACGCACUGGUGGUCAGCAGCCGACCAAAAAACAGCGAAAGCGCAAAGAGCGUGCUGCAGCUGCCACUACGCAAACGAAUAAUGUCGAGGAAGAAGAACCUGAGGAGCCAUGGCCCGCACACCCUCCUCUCUGCUCACGUACACCGAGUCCGUAUCCGGGGGAGGAGCGGGAGCCCAAACCUGAGCAAGACGAAGACCCAGAUGAUCUUUAUGCUCCGAGUAUAUUGACAACAAUCCCUGGGCCAGAUGGGAACCGCUACAGGGAGUUCAGGAGGACAAACCCAGAGACGGAGAAGGAGGAGGUAUAUUGGAUCCGAGUACCAGAGAGGAAGUAGAUUCGGCGAUAUAGGGUAUUAUGGCGAGGCCUAGAACUAAGUGACAGGCGCUAUGUGGUAAUGAUCAUGGUUGGACGUGCUUUUUCUAGGGGUAAGGAGUCAAGGUUAAGAAGCUGAACAUGCGUUGUCGAUUAUGAUUAUUGACGCCAUCCGUAACAGCUUAUACACCCUCGUAAAAUGAUCAUUGGGGGACUGUGGAUCUGAAAAUCUGGGCCACAGGCUGACGGACAGCAUGAUGCGCCUAUCGACAUGAGUUUCGAUGCCGUCUACUGAGAAAAUAUAAAAUCGGAAAGGUGGUGGGCUGUACCAAUUAUAUGUAACCCUAGCAGGGAGCUGGAACAAACAGACGCAUAAAUGUA